GGGACACUAUUAGGUGACGGACUCAGUUCCGACAGGCUCAACCACAUGCCUGACCUCUGCGGCCCCACGCCCUCCCCAGUGACCCAGGCGAGUGUGUGGCCAAGGACCCGGAGGAGCACGGCCCAGUGACUUGAUGUGAUGCCGCCCCAUAUGACACUGCCCUUCCGUCGCCUGGUCUGGUCCUUGGCCUCUCGCUGGCCAGCUCCUAAGAGACACAGAGGACAUAGUCUCUUGCACACUGCCCCCGAGGUGCCCAGGGAUGGGACUGCCCCAGUGUUCAUGCGAGCUCUGACCUUUGGGGACAGGGUUGCCCUCAUUGACCGACAUGGCCGUCAUACCUACAGAGAGCUUUAUGAACGGAGUCUUCGCCUGUCCCAGGAGAUCUGCAGGCUCCGGGGCUGCCAGGAAGGGGACCUUCAGGAGGAGAGAAUCUCCUUCCUGUGCUCCAAUGAUGUCUCCUAUGUCGUGGCCCAGUGGGCCUCCUGGAUGAGUGGUGGCAUCGCCGUCCCGCUCUACUGGAAGCACCCUGAGGCCCAACUGGAGUACUUCAUCCAAGACUCCCAGAGCUCUGUUGUUGUGGCUGGCCAGGAAUACGUGGCGCUGUUGCGUCCAGUGGUCCAAAGGCUCGGGGUCCCUCUUCUGCCUCUCACGCCUGCUGUCUACCAGGGAGGAGCAGAAGGGCCCACAGAGCAACCAGUGCAUGAGAGGAAGUGGCAUGACCGGGGUGCCAUGAUCUUCUACACCAGCGGGACCACAGGGAGGCCCAAGGGUGCACUGAGCACCCAUCGCAACAUCACGGCUGUGGUGACCGGGCUGGUCCACACAUGGGCAUGGACAAAAGACGACGUAAUCCUCCAUGUCCUCCCACUGCACCACGUCCAUGGCGUGGUCAACAAGCUACUCUGUCCACUCUGGGUGGGAGCCACGUGCGUGAUGCUGCCUGAGUUCAGUGCUCAACAGGUUUGGGAAAAGUUCUUAAGUUCUGACACUCCACGAAUUAAUGUGUUUAUGGCAGUGCCCACGAUAUACAGCAAACUACUGGAUUAUUAUGACAGGCAUUUCACCCAGCCUCACGUCCAAGACUUCGUGCGUGCAGUUUGUGAAGAAAAAAUUAGACUGAUGGUGUCAGGCUCAGCUGCCUUGCCUGUCCCGCUGCUGGAGAAGUGGAAGAGUGUCACAGGCCACACACUGCUGGAGCGCUAUGGCAUGACAGAGAUCGGAAUGGCCUUGUCUAACCCCCUGACGGGGACUCGCCUGCCAGGUUCUGUGGGGAUCCCACUGCCUGGAGUGGAAGUACGCAUCAUCUCCGAAAGCCUGCAGAAGGGCUCCUCUUACGACAUCCACGCAGAGGGAAACGAGAGGGAGACAAAGGUGACCCCAGGGUUCGAGGAAAAGGAAGGGGAGCUGCUUGUCAGAGGACCCUCUGUGUUUCAAGAAUACUGGGAUAAACCAGAAGAAACUAAAAAUGCUUUCACUUCGGAUGGCUGGUUUAAAACAGGGGAUACUGCUGUGUUCAAGGACGGCAGGUACUGGAUCCGAGGCCGCACAUCAGUGGACAUCAUCAAGACUGGAGGCUAUAAAGUCAGCGCCCUGGAAAUUGAGUGGCAUCUGCUGUCCCACCCUAGCAUCAUGGAUGUGGCGGUGAUUGGAGUUCCAGAUGUGACAUGGGGCCAACGGAUCACAGCUGUGGUGACCCUUCAAGAAGGAUGCUCACUGUCCCACAGAGAGCUCAAGGAAUGGGCCAGAGGCGUUAUGGCCCCCUACGCUAUACCCUCUGAGCUGCUGCUGGUAGAGGAGAUCCCGCGGAAUCAGAUGGGCAAGGUAAACAAGAAGGACCUGGUCAAGCAGUUCUACCCCUCGUGACCGGGCAGCCAGCUGGACUGAAGCCAGAGGACAAGCGUCCCCCUCAAGCACAACCCUUGGGCUUUACAGUGGAAUUCCCCAAAUCAUGUUGAGCAGAAUCAAGAGCAGCCUGGUUCUGUUUGGAGGGAAGUGCCCCCCACUCCAGGUUGACCAUUGAAGCUCAAGUCGUCCCAGGCACGGCCAUGGCCUCAGUGGUCCACUGUUCGCUGGGUGUGCCAACUUCACAAGUGCAGUGAGGGCAUGGCCGUGGUGGACAGUGCCCCAUGCCCGGGGCUCCUGGCUAUCUUCAGGGCAGGUCCCAGAGGUGUUGCUGAGAAAAAAGAUGAAAUAAAGACAGAAGACAAGUGUC